GUCGUCCUCCUUUUCCUCCUCCUCCAUCCACGAGCUGCCGGAGUCAGGACCCGUUACACGCGAGUCUUAGAUGCAGUAGAGCUUAUCUGGUUUUAAUAAUAGCCAGCGACCUGAUUUCAGCACUGCAGGGACUUAACAGCUCCCGCGCAAGCAAAGCCUCUAUCAGCUCGCGCUACUGGACCUGAGCGGCGCUUGAGAGCGCGCGCGCGGCACCGAGCCAACAUCACAGCGCUCGACAGCCGAACCCAGAAAAUCAGAGCAGAACCAGGAGCCCAUCUCCUGGAUAACCUAAGCAAUAUAGUAUCACGGACACCAGCUAAAGGAUGGCGUCGAAACGCAUGGGCUUGAUGGUCCUUAUUCAAGUUCUGACUGUAAUAUUAUCGCACAUCUCUGCGUUCCCCACACCUGCUGGACCCGAGGAUAAGAUUGUGUACAACCGAGAGUUGACGGAGGAGAAACCAUUAGAACAGCAGAUUGCAGAGGCUGACAGCAUCAGGAACACAGACCCCAAGCCAACAGCACCAGCUGAGACAGAGUCAAACCCAGAGAACGAUGACAUCACUUUCUUAAAGUCUCUCGCUGAGAAGUCCAAAGUGUCGAACAAUGAGACUCCUGUGUCAGAUUCAGUGGAUGAGCAGUAUGGUGCUGAUGAGUCUGACUCCACCAAAAUCAGAAGACUGGCUGAGGACUACGAUUCAACCAAGAAUAAAAUGGACUACAAAUACCAAGAUGAUCCUGAGAGCUUUCGGCAGCUGGAUGGGACGCCGCUGACAGCUCAGGACAUCGUUCAGAAAAUUGCCAAAAAAAUCUACGAAGAGGAUGAUAGAGGAGUCUUUGACAGGAUCGUGUCUAAACUCCUCAAGCUGGGCCUUAUUACAGACAGCCAGGCAGAGACACUUGAGUAUGAGGUUGCUGAAGCCCUGCAAGAUCUUAUCACUAAAAACGCCAAAGACAACAUGAUUGGGGACCUAAAUAUGGACUACCCUGUUAACACAGCAGCUAAAGACACACAAAACAAUAUGGAUGAGGAAGACAGGCCCAGCCGUCGUUAUGAUGAAGAGGAUGAGGGUAAUGAUGAUGAUGAUGAUGAGAAUGGUGAUGAAGAACAGGAGGAGGAGAUCAGAGAUGACGCAGUGAGGGCUGAUGACUCAUGGGACUCUGUGAGUGAUGGUAAUGACAGGAAUGAGCUGAGCCCUGAAGAUGGUCUACAGGACCUCCAGUUCUUCCCCAACUUCUACAGGCUGCUCAAGAGCCUAGACUCAGAGCAGGAUAAAGAAGAGAGAGAGACUCUGAUCACCAUUAUGAAGACCUUGAUCGACUUUGUGAAGAUGAUGGUCAAAUAUGGCACCAUCACACCUGAAGAAGGAGUUUCUUAUCUGGAAAACCUGGAUGCUAUGAUUGCCCUGCAGACCAAGAAUAAAUUGGGAAAAUCUCUGGGUCCUCUUAGUAUUACACCUCCUACAGGAAAAGCAUUGGAUGAUGAUGACAACACCAAAACAGAGGCUGCCAAAAUGCAGAAGGAGUACGAGUCCCUGAAAGACUCGACCAAAAAUGUGCAGACUGCAGCAGAGAUCAAUCAUCCUGGAAAGUCUGAGAGCUACCUGGACGCGAUCCGCAAAAACAUUGAAUGGCUGAAGAAACACAGCAAGGAUGGAAACAAAGAAGAUUACGACCUGUCCAAGCUGAGGGACUUCAUGGGCCAACAGGUGGACGCUUACAUCGAUAAAGGCAUCCUUGAGAAGGACGAAGGUGAUGUCAUCAAGAGAAUCUACGGAAGCCUGUAGGAAUCCCAAACCCAGCUUCUCGUUAAACUGCUUACUAAACAUGGCCAUACUAACACAGAUCCUAACGCUAUAACUCCUAAUAAGCAGUAUUUCUGCAGAAGUAUAUUCUCAUGAAGGCAAUAUCCUCUCUCAGUACAGUCAGCAAUGGAUAUAUAAUCUAGUGCUAGAAGACCCACCUAUCAAAAUUGAAUUAGGAAGGAAGAAAGAAGCCAAGCGUUUGCCUAGAAGUCUGAAAUUUAGCAAAUUUGGUGGACAUUUGCCUGCAAAUGAGUGCAAAAUUAAGCUUUGGCACCUGUUUCUCUUCUGCAAUAGACUUUUACAUCAUCUAUCUGUAACAUUCAUUAUUAACAUUUGGUGUAUAGCAUCUCCUAAUUAUGAUUUGAUGAAGGAAAUUAUUAACCUGUGUUAUUGUAUCAGAAUCAACCAAAAAUCAGCUUAUACUUGCAGUCAAUCUCUUAUUUCUUCUGUUGUGUUUUGUCUGUAGGGGGCAGUCUUUACAUUGUUACGUUUUGGUUUCUGGGUUAUUUCUUCAUUCUUUGACUGUGUAUAUUCCACAUGCUAUAGAUUCACAAAAAUUAAGUAUUUUUAAAUGUAAAUAUUGUGAUUUUCCAAAUACCAAUUAAACAUUGCCUUUCUUUAAUUA